GAGAACAAAGCACUCUGGGUAAAGCGGGAAGUAUGGCGACCGAGAGCAGACAAUUUUCUGUCAUAGAAUCAAGAAAACAUAUUUCUUUCCGUUACUGACAUGGCGCCCAAGCAGCAGUUGGACAAGGCAGCAUGGCAGUGGGCAGAGACAGUGGAGCCAGAGGCAGUGACCUGGGAUCAUGUGGAGACUGCAUACAGGAUACACCUGAAACCUUGUAAACGUGGGGCAUGCAGACGUAACUGCAAAGGUAACCCUAACUGUCUGAACUGUCUAGGAGAGAGAGAGUGGCUGGGGGAAAUUGAUGACUCCAACUGGCAUGACAUUGAGGAUCCAGAAACAGAAAGACGAAAAGAGAAUGCAUUUGUAGGACUCAAGAACCUUGGUGCUACUUGCUAUGUGAACACUUAUCUUCAAGUUUGGUUUCACAACCCAACAUUCCGUGCUGCAAUUUAUGAAUACCAAGAUGAAGAAAACAGGAGUGCACUGGAAAUGUUAACCAGAGGGUCAGCUGCUGACACAUCCCCAUAUGGUUCUGUCAAACCCCAAAGUGCAGUGACCAAGUCCUCAAGAUCGUACCAUGUAGUCAGUAACAGUGAGGCUGUGACAAGCUCAGUUCAGAAAGCCUCCAGUGACAGCCAGCUUUGCAGAAGACAGAGCAGGUGUGAGUCCUCUCAGCCUCGGUAUCAGAGUGAGGCUAAUGAUGUUGAUGAUGAUAAUGUCCAGUUUGUGUCCACUCAAAGUGCAAUCAGUGACGGCCGACCUGGUUCCUCACAGAAUGUGGUCCAGCAAGGGUUCUCACAGAGUUCAGCUGGUGGAGUUGGGUCAGUUUCGUCUCCAAGUGCUGCCACUGAUGUACAGUCAGGGAGUGCGGUCAGUGAUGUCCAGUCUGCUUCUUAUGGGAGUUUGGUCAGUGAUUUCCAGCCCAAAUCUCCUUGUGGUCAACUUCAACUCAUCUUUGCUUUGUUGCAGUGCAGUAACAGAAGGUACAUCGACCCCUCUGGCCUAAUCCACUGUCUGGGUCUGGACGCAGGUCAGCAGCAAGAUGCCCAGGAGUUCUGCAAGCUGUUUAUGUCCCUGCUUGAGGAGAGCCUGGCCACCCAGGCCAACCCCGCUGUCCGUCACAUUGUCCAGCAGCAGUUUAGUGGACAGUAUGCCUAUGUCACCAGGUGUCAAGGCUGUGGCAGGUGCUCUGAGAGGAUGUCAGAAUUCAAUGAGUUAGACCUGAACAUCAAAGGCCACAGAGAACUACCAGAAUGUAUUGAGGAAUUCUUGGAGGAGGAGAAGCUAGAGGGAGACAACCAGUACAUGUGCCAGCAGUGCGGCUCCAAACAGAAUGCAACAAGGAAGAUCAGCCUGAGGUCCCUGCCCCCAGUUCUGAACUUACAGCUGCUUAGGUUUGUCUUUGACAGGACAACAGGACACAAGAAGAAACUGAACACAUACAUCCAGUUUCCAGAGAUAUUAGACAUGAGCAAGUACAUAGAGCUGCCAGAGCACAGUGUCCAGUAUGAUCUGUGUGCAGUGUUAAUACAUAGAGGCCCCAGUGCCUACAGUGGCCACUACAUAGCACACAUCCAGGACAGAAGCAGGGGCACCUGGCACAAGUUCAAUGAUGAGGAGAUUGAGAAGAUGGGAGGAAAGAAACUGCAGCUGGGAAACGAGGAUGAGAUCCCAGAUGCUGGUAGUAAGGGGCCAGCCAAACCCAAGGCAGCCAAAGGAUACCAUGCCUCCAGAAAUGCUUACAUGCUGGUGUAUAGGCGAAGAAACAUGGAUGGUAGUGACAGGGAAAAACCUGAAGCAGGUGCAGAUAUCCAGAUGCCGGCCUGGCUGGAAGGAUGUGUGCGUAGAGACAAUGCCAAGUUUGAGGAUUGGGUCCAGGACAUGACAGUGAUGAGGGAUAAAAAUGUAGCCAUGGGUCGGGCCAGACACCAGGAGAUUUUGACUUUAUAUGACAAGAUGCAAGUAAAAGAAGGUGCAGACUUUGAGUGGAUCGAGACAGCUUGGGUGUCAAAGUGGCUCCAAGAUGACCUCCAACCUCCAGCAGUAGAUAAUACAGCAUUGUUGUGUUCACAUGGAAGAAUCAAUCCAGACAAAGUUCCACAGAUGAAGUGUAUAAGUGUGGAGGCAGCAGAGACAAUCUAUGCCAAAUACAAAGGGAGCCCAAGACUGAAAAGCAGUCAAAUGUGUCUAGACUGUGUCAAGGAGCGGUGUCGAGUAAUCAGGACAAAGACGAGAAUGACUGAGGACAACAAGUACAUCACAGCUUUACUGAAAAAUAAAGUGCAAGUGGACGGACCAGGCAGCUAUUGGGUGGGCAAAGCUUCCCUGAGAAGUUGGAAACGCCUCGUGCUGGAGGAUCUGGAAUCCAGUCUUUUAAAAAAUGGUGCUAGCAGCUUGAAUGAUGAAAACCAAGAUGAACAAAUUUCUUUAAGUGGUAAAUGUGAGAGAGACUCUAUGGAUGGUGAUGGUCCUGAUACGGUUGGAUUCUCCUUCAACGAAGAUGCUCUAUGUGAAGCACAUGGCAAUCUGAGUACAGAUGAUGCGUGUAGGCGGUUGGUUUCGUCAGAUAUUUGGACGAGAUUGAAGGUCUAUUUUCCCCAUGCACCAGAGUUUAUAUACGGCACAGAACCCUGUGUAACGUGCAUGCAAAUCCAGAGGGAAGUCCAGGAGGCUCAGAGAUUGAACAAGACUCUUGCAAUGACCCAGCGCAAUGCACUCUCUGACCUGUUCCAUUCUCGCAAUCGUCCUGCCUGGAAGAUGGGACUGUCGGCGCUGAACAUUGUUAACAGAGGGUUCCUGGAGCAGUGGACAAAGUUUAUCAG